AUGGAAAAGCGCACUAAGAUAAAUAUUGCCAUUUUUGUGCUGCUGGUAGGCAUGGCCUGCCUGUUCACGGCGGUGGUGACGGACUACUGGGCUGUUCUCAGCCCUCAGGUGCAGAAGGUCAAUGCGACGUGUGAGGCGGCACACUUUGGCCUCUGGAGGCUGUGCAAGAAGACAAUCUACAUCAGUGCUGACGUGUACCAGGAAAAGCUUGGAUGCGGACCCAUCACCCUGCCUGGAGAUGAAAACUGCACUUACUUUGGCCACUUUACACCAGGGCAGGACUCGGAGAUAUUUGAGCAUAAAACACAGAAAGAGUACAACAUCUCUGCGGCGGCCAUCUCCAUCUUCGGUGUGGGCUUCAUGAUUUUAGGGUCUCUGUGUUUGAUUGGCUCGUGCACGGGUAAAGGAAAAGGAAGACUAUACCUUCUCAAACCUUCUGGAAUGUUUUUUGCCUUUUCAGGUCUUUGUUCUUUCAUCUCGCUGGAGGUGAUGCGUCAAUCGGUCAAACGCAUGAUCGAAAGCGAGGACACAAUCUGGAUGCAGUACUACUACAGCUGGUCCUUCGCUUGCGCGUGUGUCGGCUUCAUCCUUCUGUUUCUCACCGGCAUCGCUCUUCUCAUCCUCUCCAUGCCACAAAUGCCAAGGAACCCAUGGGAAACCUGCAUGGACGCUGAGCCCGAGCAAGUGGAGUGA